GCGGGGCGGGCGCAGCGGAGCGCGCGGGCGGCCCCGGCCCCGCGGGAGCGCGGCUAACGCGCGCAGCCGGCGGCGACGGCUGGGCGGACGCCCGCCUUCGCCUGCGUCGCUGCCUCCGCGCGGGCCGCUGACCCCGGGGAUGUGAGGGGCGCAGCUCGGCCGGCGGGGCUCGGAGGCCGGCUGCGGACGCUCCACCCACUCUGGCCUAGACCCAGCCUCCAAGGGCUAAAAAUAUUGCCCGGAGGCUCCUGUGCGGAAUCAGAUCGCGCUAAGUAGGGCAAACGGCGCAGAGGCGACAGAGCUCCUCGGCCCCGGGGCCAGAGCAAGUCUCCGGGGCGGCGGUUCCGCCCACGCUCGGCCCAGCACCUAGCGGCCUCCCUCCACCCAGCAGGUGUGUGUGGAGGCCAGUAUGAAGCUAAAAAAGCAGGUGACAGUGUGUGGGGCUGCUAUCUUCUGUGUGGCCGUCUUCUCGCUCUACCUCAUGUUGGACCGAGUGCAGCAUGAUCCCACCCGUCACCAGAAUGGUGGGAACUUCCCCCGGAGCCAAAUUUCUGUGCUGCAGAACCGCAUUGAGCAGCUGGAACAGCUGUUGGAGGAGAACCAUGAGAUCAUCAGCCACAUCAAGGACUCUGUGCUGGAGCUGACGGCCAAUGCGGAGGGCCCGCCUGCCAUGGUGCCCUACUACACGGCCAACGGCUCCUGGGUGGUGCCGCCAGAGCCCCGGCCCAGCUUCUUCUCUGUCUCCCCCCAAGACUGCCAGUUUGCUCUGGGGGGCCGGGGCCAGAAGCCAGAGCUGCAGAUGCUGACUAUAUCGGAGGAGUUGCCGUUUGACAACGUGGAUGGCGGCGUGUGGAAGCAAGGCUUCGACAUCUCCUACAGCCCGCACGACUGGGACGCCGAAGACUUGCAGGUGUUCGUGGUGCCACACUCUCACAAUGACCCAGGCUGGAUCAAGACCUUUGACAAGUACUACACUGAGCAGACCCAGCACAUCCUCAACAGCAUGGUGUCCAAGCUGCAGGAGGACCCCCGGCGGCGCUUCCUCUGGGCAGAAGUCUCCUUCUUUGCCAAGUGGUGGGACAACAUCAACGCGCAAAAGAAAGCAGCCGUGCGAAGGCUGGUGGGAAACGGGCAGCUGGAGAUUGUGACAGGAGGCUGGGUGAUGCCGGACGAGGCCAACUCCCAUUACUUUGCCCUGAUUGACCAGCUCAUUGAAGGACACCAAUGGCUGGAGAAAAACCUCGGAGCAACCCCACGCUCUGGCUGGGCCGUGGACCCCUUUGGACACAGCCCCACCAUUCCUUACCUGCUGCGCCGUGCCAACCUGACCAGCAUGCUGAUUCAGAGAGUGCACUAUGCCAUCAAGAAGCACUUUGCUUCCACCCACAGUCUGGAGUUCAUGUGGAGACAGAACUGGGACUCGGACUCCAGCACAGACCUCUUCUGCCACAUGAUGCCCUUCUACAGCUACGAUGUGCCCCAUACCUGUGGCCCGGAUCCCAAGAUCUGCUGCCAGUUUGAUUUCAAACGCUUGCCUGGUGGGCGCAUAAACUGCCCCUGGAAGGUGCCGCCCCGGGCGAUCACAGAGGCAAACGUGGCUGAGAGGGCAGCGCUGCUCCUGGACCAGUACCGGAAGAAGUCCCGCCUGUUCCGAAGCAACGUCCUCCUGGUGCCGCUGGGGGAUGACUUCCGAUACGACAAGCCCCAGGAGUGGGACGCCCAGUUCUUCAACUACCAGCGGCUCUUUGACUUUCUCAACAGCAAACCUGACCUCCACGUGCAGGCCCAGUUUGGCACCCUCUCUGACUAUUUUGACGCUCUGUACAAGAGGACAGGGGUAGAGCCGGGGGCACGGCCCCCAGGGUUUCCCGUGCUGAGCGGGGAUUUCUUCUCCUAUGCCGACCGAGAGGACCAUUACUGGACAGGCUAUUACACUUCCCGGCCCUUCUACAAGAGCUUGGACCGGGUCCUGGAAGCCCACCUGCGGGGCGCGGAGAUCCUGUACAGCCUGGCUGUAGCUCACGCGCGCCGCUCUGGACUGGCUAGCCAGUACCCUCUCUCCAACUUCGCCCUUCUGACGGAAGCUCGGCGCACCCUGGGGCUCUUCCAGCACCACGAUGCCAUCACCGGCACUGCGAAGGAGGCGGUCGUGGCAGACUAUGGCGUCAGGCUCCUGCGCUCCCUCGUCAGCCUGAAGCAGGUCAUCAUCAACGCGGCACACUAUCUGGUGCUGGGGGACAAGGAGGCUUACCACUUUGACCCUGAGGCUCCCUUCCUCCAAAUGGAUGACACCCGCUUAAAUCACGAUGCCCUGCCAGAGCGCACAGUAAUCCAACUGGAUUCCUCGCCCAGGUACGUGGUGCUGUUCAACCCGCUGGAACAGGAGCGGUUCAGUGUGGUGUCCCUGCUGGUCAGCUCGCCCCGGGUGCGUGUCCUUUCUGAGGAGGGUCAGCCCCUGGCCGUGCAGAUCAGCUCACACUGGAGCUCUGCCACUGACGUGGUCCCUGAUGUCUACCAGGUGUCUGUGCCCAUCCGCCUGCCAGCCCUUGGCCUCGGCGUGCUGCAGCUGCAGCUGGGCCUGGACGGGCACCGCACCCUGCCCUCCUCUGUGCGCAUCUACCUGCACGGCCGGCAGCUGUCCGUCAGCAGACAGGACGCCUUCCCUCUACGCGUCAUUGACUCUGGCACCGGUGACUUCGCCCUCAGCAACCGCUACAUGCAGGUCUGGUUCUCAGGCCUUACCGGGCUCCUCAAGAGCAUCCGAAGGGUGGACGAGGAGCAGGAGCGGCGGGUGGACGUGGAGUUCCUCGUCUAUGGCACCCGCACGUCCAAAGACAAGAGCGGAGCCUACCUCUUCCUGCCUGACGGGGAGGCCCAGCCCUACGUCCCCAGGGACCCCCCCGUGCUGCGUGUCACCGAAGGCCCGUUCUUCUCAGAGGUGGUUGCGUACUACGAGCACGUUCGCCAGGUGGUCCGGCUCUAUAACCUGCCAGGGGUGGAGGGGCUGUCUCUGGAAAUGUCGUCCCUGGUGGACAUCCGGGACUACGUCAACAAGGAGCUGGCCCUGCGCAUCCACACAGACAUUGACAGCCAGGGUGCCUUCUUCACGGACCUCAAUGGCUUUCAGGUGCAGCCCCGGCGCUAUCUGAAGAAGUUACCCCUGCAGGCCAACUUCUACCCCAUGCCGGUCAUGGCCUACAUCCAGGACGCCCAGAACCGCCUCACCCUGCACACUGCGCAGGCCCUGGGUGUCUCCAGCCUGCACGAUGGCCAGCUGGAGGUGAUCCUGGACCGUCGGCUGAUGCAGGACGACAACCGGGGUCUGGGCCAAGGGCUCAAGGACAACAAAAGAACCUGCAACCAUUUCCGCCUGCUGUUGGAACGGCGAACCCUGGGCAGUGAGCCUGGCUUUUUCUCCAAACUGGCAGCCAUGUUUAGGGGCUUGAUCUUUCACAGCAGCAGGAGCGAUAACCGAGAGGUCCAGGAUGGCCGCACUACCAGCUACCCAUCCCUCCUCAGCCACCUGACCUCCACGUACCUGAAUACCCCCGUGCUUGCCCUGCCCGUAGCCAAGAGGCAGCUCCCAGGCCCCGGUCUGCGCUCAUUUCAUCCCCUGGCCUCCUCCCUGCCCUGCGAUUUCCACCUGCUUAACCUGCGGACGCUGCAGGCCGAGGACGAUGCCCUGCCCUCGGCAGAAACCGCACUCAUCUUACACCGCAAGGGUUUCGACUGCGGCCUUGAGGCCAAGAACUUGGGCUUCAACUGCACCACGAGCCAAGGCAAGGUGGCCCUGGGGAGCCUUUUCCACGGCCUGGAUGUGGGUUUCCUGCAGCCAACUUCCUUGACGUUACUGUACCCUCUGGCCUCCCCCUCCAACAGCACUGACAUCUAUUUGGAGCCCAUGGAGAUUGCCACCUUCCGCCUCCGCUUGGGCUAGCACUUCCUGUGGCCUGAAGAGAAAGUUCAUCCACAGAGACUGCCUCUUACAUAAGGUCGGGUUGGACAAACCAGAUGGGUAUCCUGUCCCGAUCUACCUCUCAGAACUGUGACAGACUGGGCUCUGCCCUCAUUUUCUGUUUCUCGUUGCUUCUGUGUUCGGUGGCAACCCCAAACCCGGUGUUGGGUAGACAGGGCAGAUGCUAGUGAGAUCUUGGCCAGAGGGUCCUUGGUCAGAGUGGGCGGUGCCAGCCUCUGCUUUGGGUUGUGAGCGGCACCCAUUGGGCACAGGCUCAAGCACCCACCUUUCUCCCAAAAUGGGAUGGAGGAGAAGCAGGGUCAGGAAAGAUAGGGGAGGCUGAGUGGGUAGGAGCCCAGCGCCAGGGUCACUGGAGGUGGGAGCUGGUUCUGGGUGGGGGGGUCCUCUGGUUACGUAGGGACUGGAUGUCCUGAUGUGAGCGGGAACUGAGUGAUGGCUGGGUAGGGACCCAGAGUUAGCAAGGUGGAGGAAGAGGAAUCUCCACUUUCUGUGAUGACUCCACUGGGAGGACUCCACGCCUCGGCUAGCGGCUGUGGUGCGGCAGGAAGAGACCAUGCGUCCCUAGAGACCAUGUCAUGGCUAGAGGUCAUAGCACACUUCAGGUACCAAAACCCCCAUCUGGCCCCGGGCGCCUGGUCCGUGUGUUGAUGUAUGAGAUGGUGGCAGGGACGUGGGGGCGUCUUCCGUCCUCGCUGACGCCUCUUCUGUUCCUGUACUCUGUACACCACUGUCCUCGAGCUCCUUCCCACCCUGGGGGCAUCUGGUCUGGCAUACUUCCUUUCCCUGGAAGGAAAAUGAAGCCUCCAGUCCACCUCCCCUCCCCGUGAGCGUGAGCAAUUUGAGAAGGCUUUCUGCUCCGUCCCUACGGUCAGGCCAUGGAGCUUCAGCUGUGGUACAUGCUUCUACAGAGGGAUUUGGAUCCUGGCACAGGGACUAGGGUUAUGUAGAGUGAAUUAGGAGGCAGUAUGUCUGUUCGGCAGCCUUCAUUCAGCUUCGAUUAAUAGAGCAAAGGUUUUGACGGUCUCUAUAGAUGCCGAAGCAAUAUUUGGUAAAGUUUAAAAUCUAUCCCUUGUUAAAAAUCUUAGUAAGUUAAGACCACAAAGAAACUCCUAAUCUAGAUUAAAAAUCUCUAUCAGAAACCAGCAGUUAAUGACAUUCGAAAGAGUCAGACACCACAGGCAUUCCUAUAAAAGAAAUUAGCCAAGGACAUACUGUUAUUUAGCAGGGUCCUGGCACCAUAAUCCCCACAGUAGAGCAGGCGAAGGAGAGGAAGUUACUACUGUCAUUAUUUGGAGACAACAGAAUGGCAACCUAUAAAAUCUAUGAGAAUCAGCUGGAGACCUAAGACCAUUCUGUAAGUGGACAUAAAUGAUAGACAUCAUGCUCCUAUAAGGAUUUCGGUUCUCUCCAGAUCAGCCCACAAAUUCAGUGUGUUCCAGUGUGAUUGAAUACUUUUGGAAUUUUGAUGAGUUCUAAAGUUCAUUUGGAAGAGUAAAUACAUGAGAGUACUAACAAAUUCUGAAUGGUGGUGAGUUGGGGGUCGGGGGGGGGGGGCGCCGAGGGGAGGAAAGGGCAAUGUCCUGUGGCAUUGCCCCAGGGACUCUCAGGCAACCACACAUGGUCCGUGUGACCUGGUGUGGGAUCGGAAAGACAGACUGAUGGAACCAAAGUCAGAGUCCAGAAGCAGACCCAGGUAGAUGGGAAUUUAGUGGGAUAAAAGGAUUAUUUGAAGUGGGAAAAAGAUGGAUUGCUUUAAAUAGUACUUUAAGUCACUGACUAUCAAAGUAAGAGAUCUGUAGCUCACAGUUUCCACAAAAAUUAGUCCCAGAGAAAGGAACGAAAAAAUUAAACUACAAAAUUACUGAAGAAAAUACAGGAUAUUAUUAUACCUCUGGGGUGGAGAGCUGUUCUAAACAUAACACAAAACCUGAAAGAUGUAAUAAGGGAAAAGAUUAAACAGAUUUUAUUACCAAAAAACAUUGAAAGUUUUAUGUAUGACGGAAAACAUCAAGGUUAAAAUACAAAUGACAACCUGGGAGAAGAUGUUUGCAACACCUCAAAAACCGGUGAGUUAAUCAUUUUGGGUGAAAGCUUGCUUUGGGGUCCUCAGAGAAGGUCCCCUGGGCCUGCUGGGCCCCUACCUGAAUAUCAAGAGUCCUUCCAGAUCAUCCAGGGCUGUUGGCAGCUUCAGGCCAGGGCACACAGAAUCCUUUCUGUAUCACUCUGGAAGAAAUAAGAUUAUUGAUGUGAGGUGCUCAGCAGAGUGUCUGAUGCAUAGAGGAGCUCGAUAAAUAGGAGCUAUGAUCUUACUAGUAAAGGAUGCUAAACAGUUAUAUUAUAGCAGGUGUCAAUUACUCGUAUAAGAUGGCUUAUAAUCACAUGAUAAGGGAGACUGUGUGCCUCCUAGGAAAUGAGCAAAAUAAAGGCUGUUUAUCUUUGGA